AUGGCCAUGGCAGCGCCGGCCAUAAGGAUGGCCCCCUCGAUCUCCUCCCUCCCCAGACUUCUCCCGCCGACUGUCUUCUCAACAACAAGGAUACAGCUUUAUGUUCGGCAACUCCCGUUGCCGCUGUUCCCGUCUCUUUCCCUUGCCGUGCCAGUCGGACUCCAGCUUGGGCUUCCGUCAUUACCAUCAAUUCUCCAAGGGAUUUGGGAAUCGAUCCUCAAGGCGGUGCCCAAGAAGAAGACAUCACACAUGAAGAAGAGGCACAGGCAGAUGGCAGGCAAGGCGAUCAAGGACGUGAACUCCCUGUGCAAGUGCCCCGCGUGCGGAGAGAUCAAGCGGAUGCACUAUCUUUGCCCGCACUGCGCAGCAAGACUCAGAGAGAUGAUGAACAGGGAGGCGAGGGAGAAGAACGAGUGA